GUGGGGGAAAAGGCCCCGGAACGAGGCCGGCCCGCGCGGGCCCGCGUUCCCCUCCUCCCCGGAGGCCGCACUCACCCACUCUGGAAUCGGCCCUGUUGCCCCCGCCCGCACUCCAGAGCCGGCUAAGAACGGCAGCGGCGCGGGCUCCACGUGCAGUGUCUCUCCGGGUAAGACCUGCAGCUCCCGCGACUACAAGUGUGAGGCCCCAGGGCCCUUCCCGCGGAAUCGGCGCUGAGAAGCCCCAACCCCCCUCCCGCCUCCCAGGCACCUCCGGGUCCAGGACUACAACUCCCAGCAGGGUGCGCAAAACGAACGCCCAAGGCAACGGAGGCUCACGAGGCACAAGGAAGCACAACGCCCCAAUCCGCUCUGUUUUACAUAGUCUCACUUUCCCUGCACCAUUAUACACCUCGAUAACCCUAACGAACAGGACGCUGACUCGAAGGGGAGCUUGAACUAGGGGAAAGGCCAGUCAAAGGGCGCAUGCGUACAGAGCAAGGUUUCAAGGAGGGGAAAAAGAACGGGUCAAAUUAGGGGAAGAAAAGAUGGCGGAGGCUUUGCCAGGGGACCCGGAAGCACUUACCCUCCACUUCCUCCUCCUGUGUGGCUUCUGUCUCACCUAGACCCGUCCGGUCGCAGACUGUCUCCGAGACGCUUCCUGUCCGAAUCAGCAUGAUUCUUCAGAGGCUCUUCAGGUUCUCCUCUAUCAUUCGGUCAGCAGUCUCGGUCCAUUUUCGGAGGAACAUUGGUGUUACCGCAGUAGCAUUUAAUAAGGAACUUGAUCCUGUACAGAAACUCUUUGUGGACAAGAUUAGAGAAUACAAAUCUAAGCGACAGACAUCUGGAGGACCUGUUGAUACUGGUCCAGAGUAUCAGCAAGAGCUGGAGAAGGAGCUUUUUAAGCUCAAGCAAAUGUUUGGUAAAGCAGACAUGAAUACAUUUCCCACCUUCAAAUUUGAAGGUACAUCUUGUGAAUCACAGAUUCAUUCUUGUGGGGGAUAAGUGAAGAAUAUUUACCCUUACUUGGAUUUUUGGAGAAUCGAAUGACAGUGUUAACGUGAAUUUAUUAGGACCAUGAUGUGUGCCUGAGAAGCUGCCGGCUAAAUAUUUGCCAUUAGAAUAAGAGCAGUAUAGGAAAUCACAUAACAUAGCGAUUAAAUGGUGGGGAUCUGAAAUUGAAUUGCCUGAUCCUGAAUCCUGACAAUCACUUUCAGUUGUGUAAUCUUGAGUAAUUAACUGUUGCAUAUUUCCUCAUCUGACAGUUGGGGAGAAUUAUAGUAUCUUC